UGAGUGCCGAGGAUUGAAGGGCUGGGUCGGGCUUGGAAGAGGAUGCAGGCUGGUCUAGGCUGGCUUCUCUGGGCUGGCAAUGCUGGGCUGGGCAGGGCUGAAGCCGUGUUUACAAAUACUUGGUGUCGGUGGCGGUGGGAGCCGUGGCUCAAAAUAACCUUCGGGCCGCUCCCAUUUUGGCGUUAAGGGGGGGCGGGGGACAGCCACCACACACCACCAACAACACUACCACAAUCCACAACCAUAACCUCCAAAGACCCACAAUCAGAUCCAGGCAUCAUUCAUCCUUCUCGUCUUGAGGUCUUUCAGGGAUUGAUGCAGUCCUUGGUUGUGUGAGGGCCUCGUGUGGCCGGCAAAGAGCGUGUGUGUGUUGAUCUGGUGGUUGGUCGGGUCAGCAGGGCCGGCGGGCUGCAGGUAUCUGGUGGCGAGGGCUGCUGGGCCACCAUUUACGUGUGUGCAGGCACGCCGGGCCCCCGAAGAGCUAGUCGCCCCGCUGCCCAGUCCGAUCCCCCGAGAAGGCUUACUCCCCUCACGGCUGAACACCGGCCGCCACCUGUGAUUACGGUCCCUUGAUGCCUAAGCGCCCUUAACGUCGCCUGGAGUGUGAGCGGCCCCCAGUAGCAACACCGGGGCGAUGGGCGAGAAUUUUGCCCCGAGUUUUACCAAAAAGCCCAAACUCCGUCAGGAGGAUGACGGGAACAAGCUCAUCUUCGAUUGCCAGCUCUCGGCGAACCCGAAACCCGAGAUCGAGUGGUUUCGCGGCGAUGAGCAGGUGCGUGAGAGCUCGAGGAUCACCAUUACCCUGCGGACCGGUGCAAAGAACAUGCACGAUGUCCAGCUGAUCCUCGACGACGUGGAGGAGGAAGACGCCGGGCUGUACAAAGUCAAGGCCAGGAACAAGUACGGUGAAGUCUCUGCCUCCAUCAACCUCAACUUCAGUCCUGUAGACGAGCCUGUGGAAAGACAAAUCGAUGGCCUGGCGCCCACCUUUGCCAAGAAGCCUGUCAUCAAGCAGGAGGAUGGAGGGAAGCACAUCAAGUUCGAAUGCCGUGUUCUCGCUGAUCCUAAACCGACCAUCACUUGGUACCGCGAUGGAGUCAAGGUGCAAGAGUCCGCGCGGUGCAAGGUGGUUAUCGAGAAGGAUGAGAACUCGUACUACGUGACGAUGCCGCUGAUGAACGUCACUGUAGAGGACGCUGGCAAGUACAAGGUGACAGCCAAGAACGAACUCGGGGAAAGCAGCGCCUCCAUCAGUCUGAACUUCGACAGCUCCUUUAUGAUGCUCACAGCCGAUGAAUCGAACCUGCCCAAGAAGGACGGCGUGAAGCCCACCUUUACGGAGCGGCCAAGCAUCAAGCAGAGCGAGGAUGGAGAGAAGGUGAUAUUCUCGUGCAAGUGUGUUGGUGACCCGCCGCCGACCGUUGUGUGGGAGUUCAAGGGCAAGAAGGUAAGCGAGGAUUCAAGGCACGUGAUGAAGGUGGAGAAGGACGGGAAAGUGAACUACCUGGUGUCCAUGACCAUCAGUUCCGUUACCAGCUCGGACGAGGGCGAGUACAAGGCCAUCGCUUCCAACAAGAUCGGUGAGGGCGUGGCUACCAUGAACCUCAACUUCGAAGGGAAAACUGAAGACGAUAAGCCCAAGGUUCCCGACGCCCGCGCCCCGAGGUUCCCCAAGAAGCCUGAGAUCCGGCAGGAGGGGGAUAAGCUGGUGAUGGAGUGUGUCUUGGAGGCCAACCCGGAGCCGGAGAUCACCUGGUACAAGGGCACGGAGAUCAUCAAGGAGCAGGCUCGCAUCUCAAUGUACAAGAAGAUCUGUGAGCGAGACACGUUCAUUGUAUCUGUGGUGAUCGCCAAGCCGGAGGCAUCGGAUGGUGGGCAGUGGAGGUGCAAUGCCUUCAAUCCACACGGGGACUCGAACGCGAACAUUUCACUGAACUUCGAGAAGGGCAAGAUCGUGCCUGAAGGCUUUGCUCCCACCUUCCUGGACAAACCCUCAAUCAUCCCCAAUGAAACGGGCACGAUGAUCACCAUGAAGGUCCGGUGCAAGGCCAAGCCACAGCCGACGGUGGAGUGGUUCAAGAACGGCGUGCUGGUGCAGGCCGGGAAACGUCUGGUUGUGAGGGAACAUAAGGUCUCUGCGGAGAUGUUCGAGUACUCCUGCAUCGUCAAGGAUCCGUGUGCCGAUGACGCCGGGAAGUACAAGUGCAUCGCCAUGAACCACUUCGGGGAGGCCACGGCCAACGUCAACCUGAACAUCGAAGCGGAGCCGGAGCCGAAGGGCCAGGCACCGGUGUUCGUGGAGAAGCCGACCAUCAAGUUUGAGGAGAAGGCUGGCCGCGUGCUGAUGGAGGCGCUGGUGAGGGCCGAUCCGAAGCCCACCUCGACGUGGAGCAAGGACGGCAAGCAGCUGGACGCCUCGAGGGUCACUGCCACCGUCACCCUCGAAAAGGAGGAGCUGUACCGCAUCCGUCUGGUGCUGCGGAAGCCACAGCCAACAGACGGUGGAGUGUACAAGUGCAACAUCAAGAACGAAUUUGGGGAACUGAACGCCAACCUCAACCUCAACAUUGAAGUUGCCCCGACGAUCAAGAAGCAGCCCAAGGUGGUGUCCAUCAUCAACCGUCGUAUCCUGAUCGAGUGUAUCAUCAUGUCCACCUCCAAACCCGCCUGCAACUGGUUCAGGGACACCACCAAGGUCCGCCUCGAUAGCCGACACUGCAUCAACAUCAACGAGGAGGGCGAGGGCAAGUACGUGGUCCAGAUGGAGAUGAUCCGCGCGGAGAAGUCGGACUGCGGCAGCUACAAGAUGGUCGCCAAGAACGAGAAGGGAGAGACCACCUCCAACACUGUCGAGAUUACGGAGACCAUGCUGGAGGAGGUAAAAGAGGAGGAGGAGGAGGAGGAGGACGAAGAAGGAGAAGAAAGCGACGAAACCGUGAUGGAAAAGAAGGAUGAUGAAGAAGAGGAGGAAGAUAUCUCAAUGGAAGAGACGGAAGAGGAAAAAACGAAGAAGAAGAAGGAGGAAGAGAAAAAGAAAGUAGAAGAGAAGAAGAAGCAAGAGGAAGAAAAGAAGAAAGUAGAAGAGAAAAAGAAGAAAGAGGAGGAAAAGAAAAAGGUAGAAGAGAAGAAGAAAGUAGAAGAGAAGAAGAAGCAGGAAGAAGAAAAGAAGAAAGUAGAAGAGAAGAAGAAGCAAGAGGAAGAAAAGAAGAAAGUAGAGGAGAAGAAAAAGGUAGAAGAGAAGAAGAAAGUGGAAGAGGAAAAGAAGAAAGUAGAAGAGAAGAAGAAGCAAGAGGAAGAGAAGAAGAAAGUAGAAGAGAAGAAGAAGGUAGAAGAGAAGAAGAAAGUGGAAGAGGAAAAGAAGAAAGUAGAAGAGAAGAAGAAAGUAGAAGAGAAAAAGAAGGUGGAAGAGGAAAAGAAGAAAGUAGAAGAGAAGAAGAAAGUAGAAGAGAAAAAGAAGGUGGAAGAAGAAAAGAAGAAAGUAGAAGAAAAGAAAAAGGUUGAAGAGAAGAAAAAGGUCGAAGAAGAAAAGAAGAAAGUAGAAGAGAAGAAGAAGGUAGAGGAGAAGAAGAAGGUGGAAGAAGAAAAGAAGAAAGUAGAAGAAAAGAAAAAGGUAGAGGAAAAGAAGAAGGUGGAAGAAGAGAAAAAGAAAGUUGAGGAAAAGAGGAAGACUUCCCUCACGACGAAGAAGCUCGUAGAGGAGAAAGAAGAAAUAAUGGUAACUGAGACAGUCUCGAAAGACGAAGAGGUGGUAACAAAACAGGAAAAGAAAGAGGAGGAGAAGAAAAAAGAUCAAAAGAAAAAGGAUUCGAAGAUAAGAAUGGAGGAAGAAAUAGUGGAAGAGAAAGUGGAGAAGAAAGAGGAGCCAGCCAAGAAGCAAAAGAUCAGCAAAACGGAGGAGAAAAAAGAGACCAUCGAAGAGAAAAAACAGGAAGAAAUAAAGAGAAAGUCUUCGAAAGUGGACGAAAAAGUAGAGGAGACAAAAAAGAAACCUGAACCUCAAAAGAAACCAGAGGAACCGAAGAAGAAAACCUCGACCACGGAGAAGGUUGAGGAAAAGAAAACGGGCGCCAAGGCGAAGGAACCGGAGCCUAAAAAAGAAGGGCCCGCCAAAAAGACUUCCAAGGACCUCGAUUCGAUUUGGGGCGAAGAGCCAGAUGACAUUCCGCCCGAAAAGCCGCUCCUGAAGCCCAAGUUGUCGACGCCGGCGAUCUAUGAGCCGGAGACGGAGGAAGAGGAAGACGAUGGCGAUGACGGGGGAGACAUACUGGCGACUCUUCUCCAGGAAUUCAUCACGGGCAAGAAGAAGCAGCCAGAGAAGACCCCAACACGUAAGAAGUCCUUUGAUGAUAGGAAAGAGACGAAAGAAAAAGAAACCAAAGAAAAAGAGAAAAAAGAACAGGAGGUGAGGGAAAAAGAGAAGAAGGAAAAGGAGACAAAAGAAAAAGUUAUAAAGGUAAAGGAAACGGAACAGGAAAUUAAAGAAACGGAGACGAGGGAAGAAGAGACAAUGGAGGAGACAAAAGAGGAGACGAAGGUAAAGGAGCUCAAGGAAAAGGAAGUUAAGGAAAAAGAUACCAAAGUCAAGGAUAAGAAGGAAAAGUCUCCAAAAGAUAAAGACGAAGAGCCCUCGAAGCCUGUCCACGGUGAAGCAACCUUGAAGCCCCCUCAGGAGGAGAAGCCGCAGGACGAGGAACCUUACGCGGAAUUCACAGGGAAAGAACACGAGGAGCCGCAGAAGAAAAAGACCUCAGAGGUGGAGGGAAAAGGGACAAUAAAGACCCCAGCGGCGCCAAAGGAAAAGGACACAAAGGACAAGAAAGAAGAACCCUCAAAGCCUGUCCAUGGCGAGGCAACCUUAAAACCGCCGCAGGGAAAACAACAGAAAGACGAGGAACCUUACGCGGAAUUCACAGGGAAAGAACACGAAGAGCCGCAGACGAGAAAGACCUCUGAGGUGGAGGGAAAAGGGACAGUAAAGACCCCAGCAGCACCUAAGGGUAAAGGCAAAAAGGACAAGAAAGAAGAGCCCUCAAAGCCUGUCCAUGGCGAGGCAACUUUAAAACCCCCGCAGGAGAAAACACAGAAGGACGAGGAACCUUACGCGGAAUUCACAGGGAAAGAACACGAAGAGCCGCAGACGAGAAAGACCUCUGAGGUGGAGGGAAAAGGGACAGUAAAGACCCCAGCAGCACCUAAGGGUAAAGGCACAAAGGACAAGAAAGAAGAGCCCUCAAAGCCUGUCCAUGGCGAGGCAACUUUAAAACCCCCGCAGGAGAAAACACAGAAGGACGAGGAGCCUCACGCGGAAUUCACAGGAAAGGAACAUCAGGAGCCGCAGAAAAGAAAGACCUCAGAGGUGGAGGGGAAGGCGACAUUAAAGACCCCAGCGGCCCCAAAGGGUAAAGACAAGAAAGAGGAGCCCUCAAAGCCUGUCCAUGGCGAGGCUACAUUGAAACCGCCUCAGGAGAAAAAACCGAAGGACGCGGAGCCACACGCCGAGUUUACUGGGAAAGAACACCAGGAGCCGCAGAAGAGGAAGACCUCGCAGGUGGAGGGGAAGGGGACGUUUAAGACCCCAGCAUCACUGAAGAAGCAACCAGAGGUAAGUGAAGAAGAGCCCCCCGCCCCCCAGCCCCCCGCUCCGCCUCCAACACAAUCACUCACCACUAAACCUAAGGACGCCCUCAAGUCCCGGUCGCUCGGCAAACACCAACUUCUCACGUCAGUCAUCAAGGAAACCGACGAAGAGGAGGAGCCGCCCACGCCUCCUCCCGCUGCUACGCCCCAACAGAACCUGGACGACGACAUGGAUAGCGCCCCGUACACGCCUAAAGCCGCCGCCGGCUCUGAGGGCUUAACCCCAAUGGAGCGAUACCUACAGGAGCUCUUUGGCACUGGUGGCCCUCCUGCUGGCGAGGAUGACUCCCCGAAGGAGGAAGUCAAGGAGGAGAAGAAGGAGGAAAAGGAGGAAGAAAAGCCGAAGAAGAAGGCUGAGGAGCCCCCAAAGAAAAAAGAGGACAACCCUGCGAACCCUGAGAAGAAGGAGGACAAUACAGGGAAAAAGGAUGAACCUGCGGGAAACCCUCAGCCCAAGCCUAAGCCCAAGAGGCGGGUAAUACCCAAGCAGGAAGAGAAACACGAGAUGUUCAAUGUCUCGCUCAAAAAGGUGAAGAGCAAAGAGAAAGAUCCGGAGGAGGAGGCGCAGCAAGGAGAGCUGAGGAAGGUCCCGGGGAAGGAAACUGAGCUGGACCUUAAGGGAGACAAGGCCAAGCUGCGCAAAUACUCGGCUAAGGAAGAGGAGCUCAACCUGGAAUCCGAAAGAGUCAAGCUGGAAAAAUAUGAGGCAAAGGAGAAGCAGGCCAAGCUGGAGGCCGAAAAGGUUAGCCUCCAAAAGAUCCAGAAGGCCAAGGAGGAGGAGGCCAAGGCCUCCGAGGCAGAAAAACUAAAGACCAAAAAGCUGAGUGUGCCCGGGCAAAAGGCCAAGGAGGAGGAAGAGGCAAGAAAGCUCAAGCUGGGAAAGGGUAAGCUGCCGGAUGGCAGUGACGAGCAGGAAAAGAUCGAGCUGAAAAAGGUCGAGGCGAAAAAGAAAGCGGAUCUGCAGGUGGAGACUGAGGAGAAGAAGAGGAAGGCGAGUAACCCAAAAAAUUCAUUGGAGGCCAAGAACCCCGAAGAAACUACUGAAAAGAACCCGCAGCAGAAGGGUUCUGCCGAUAAUCCUCACCCCAAAAAUCCCUCAAACCCACACAACCCCAACAACCCACAUGAAGAGGCCACUUCUGGCAACCCCGGAAACCCCCACAACCCCGGCAAUCCAGGAAAUCCUAAAAACCCUGGAAAUCCUCACAAUCCUGGAAAUCCUGAAAAUCCCAAGAAUCCUGGCAACCCUCACAACCCCGGAAACCCUGGGAAUCCCUCUAAGAACCCUGGCAAUCCCGGAAACCCUGGAAAUCCCUCUAAGAACCCCGGAAAUCCUGGAAAUCCUUCUAAGAACCCUGGAAAUCCCUCUAAGAACCCUUCCAGCCUGAAGCCAGAAGCGGCCUCUGGUAACCCCGCCUCUAAAAAUCCGACAAACCCUAAAGAUAAUCCCGGUCCUAAAACCAACCCAAAAGAUGCUAAAAACCCCAAAGCGGAUAUAAACAAACCGAAAAUCGUGGAACCUCCUAAGUCUGCGGACGCCCCCAAGAUCGAGGUGAGCAGAGAGAAGUCCCCUGAUCGUCGUGGGUCCGCCAUCGGAUCUGGACCCCCCAGCAGAAGGGGGUCCCUCAUCCCACCAGAAGACGGGGCUGGGGGGCGCCGACCCUCUCUUAUCAUUGCUGACGAGACUCGCUUACGACCAGGAGAGAUUCUAGAAGAUGAUCAGCGCCGCCGGCUGAGCAGCGAUGCACGGCGGCCGUCAAUGCAGGCGGAUGACGAGAAGAUGGACAAGCCGAGCACUCCACUCAAGGCGAAGGGAGGCCCGGCUCCCUCCAUCGUCGACGUGCAGCAGAAGUACACGGCCGUGGAAGACUCCAACGGCUACAUCGACCUGGUUAUCGAGGGCGCCCCAGAGUUCAAGAUCAAGUUCCUCAAGGGCGGCAUCACUGAGAUCGUGGAGGGCGGCCGCUACAAGAUCCACACGGACGGCGACACCAACACCGUCACGCUCUGCAUCAGGAAGACCAAACCCAACGACGAGGGGCGGUACAAGGUCAUCGUCACCAACGACCACGGCGAGGACUCGGCGGAAAUGGACUUCUACGUGUCCGACGCCAGUGGUAUGGACUUCCGUGCCAUGUUGAAGAAGAAGAAGUACGCCAAAUGGAAGAGGGAUAAUGAGGAUCCUGACUGGGGCGAUCUCAAGGAGGCGGAGAAGGAGGUCAAACCGCAGCUCCGCAAGGUCGAGAGGAAGGUGGAGUCCUGGGUGAAGCCUCUUGUGGAUCUCACGGUGAAGGAAGGCAAGGAGAAGAUGGCCAAGUUCGAGGGUGAAUUCUCCAAGAAGGAUUCCAAGCCCAAGUGGUUCUUCAAAAAGGAUGAGCUGUUCCCGGGUUCGAAGUACAAGUUCAAGAGCGAGGGCACCGUGCACUCCAUCAUCAUCAGCAAGCCCGCCGUGGAGGACAUGGGCCGCUACACCGUGGAGUGCAUGGGCAUCUCCUGCUCUGCCAUCCUCACCGUCCAAGAGCCUGACCCGGAUUUCAAGUUCGUGAGGCCGCUGCCGAAGAAAUCCAACUGUUACACCACCAAGGACGCCACGCUGGAGGCUCAGGUCAACUCCCACAAGGCCAUCGUCCACUGGUUCCGCGGGGAAACCCAGAUCGAGGACAACGAAAAAUACGAGACCUACAAGGACAUGACCGGCACCGUGCGGCUCACCAUCAAGAACACCAACAAGAAGGACAAGGGGAAGUUCACCGCCAAGAUCUUCCGCUGCGAGAAGGAGAUGACGGAAACCACCCUCAACGUUGUGGAUCAGCCGUUCAAGUUCACCAAGACUCUCAAGUCGAGGAGCGUCACCGAGAACCACAAGGUCGUGCUGGAGUGCGAAGUGGACGAACCCGAAGCGCCCGUUGAGUGGUUCUUCGGCGACCAGAAGCUGACGCCCGACUCCAAGGGAUCCCAAGGUUCCUCGUCCCUUCGCACUGGCGUGGACAGUUUAAAGAUCAUGACGGACGGCAAGAAGAGGCAGCUGGUGUUCAAGAGCAUCAACAUGAGCGACGCCGGCAACUACUCGUGCAGGACCAACGCUGAUGAGACGCAGUGCGAGCUCAUUGUGCAGCUGGAGAAUAAGUUCAAGAAGAAGCUGCAGGACCAAAUGACGUUCGAGCGGCAGCCGACGACCUUCGAAGUUGAGUUGGCGGACCCCGACGCGCCGCUCACCUGGUUCAUCAACGGCGAGGAGGUGAAGCCGAGCGACAACAUCGAACUCGUGAAGAAUGGCGCCGUGCACAAGAUGAUAAUUAAGGAGGCCGCCAUGAGCCACGAGGGAGAGAUCAAGGCUGUUUGUGGCAACCUGGAGACUGCGUGUCAGCUGAGCGUGGGUGAGGGCGAGAAGGCUCCGAGCAUCAAGCCGGAGGAGCCCAUCGAAGGCCCCGUCACCAAGCCUCUCACCUUUGAAGUCCCCUACACCAUCCCCGGUGCCAGGAUCUCGAAGGUGGAUGCCAAGCUCCUGAAGGACGGGAAGCCGUUGAGCCCCAAGGAUGUGGAAGUGAAGGUGAUGGACAAGAAGGUCGUGUACACCAUCAAGAAGCCGUCACGUGACCAGACCGGCAAGUACACGAUCAAGAUGUCCAACAAGGCGGGCGCCAGCACCAAGGAGGUCAAGAUCAACAUGCAGGACAAGCCCUCGCCACCCACCAACCACGAGGUGUCCGAGAUCUUCUCCACCUCCUGUCUGUUGACCUGGGGCCCGCCCAAGGAUGACGGCGGUCUGCCCCUCACCUACUACACCGUCGAGAGGCAGGACUUCGCCGUCAAAGCCUCGCACCCUGGAAUCUGGGAACGAACAGGCGGGUGGUCGCAGGUGGCCGAGGUCCCAGCCGACGAGCCCCUCAGGUUCAAGUGUGAGGACCUGGAGAACAAGAAGCAAUACAAGUUCAGGGUGACAGUGAGCAACAAGCUUGGCCCGUCCGAUCCCAACAUCCACCCCAAGGUCAUCUUAGCCAAGGAUCCCUGGGAUGAGCCCGGCAAGAUCCUGCACGUGGAGGUCACUGACUGGGGUCCUGAGCACGCCGACCUCCGCUGGUCACGCCCUGAGACUGACGGCGGCGCUCCCAUUACCGGCUACGUCAUCGAGUACAGGACGCGUGCAAUGCCCCGCGGCGCAGAGGUGGACCGCUUCUCCGACUGGGCCAUGGGCAUUGAGAUCCAAGGCGACGUGACGGAGGGCACCAUCCCGGGUCUGAAGGAGGGCAACCAGUACGAGUUCAGGGUGCGGGCCGUCAACAAGGCUGGCCCCGGCGAGCCCUCAGACCCCACCAAGCCCAUCCAGGCCAAACACCGCUUCGUCAAGCCGUACGUGAUCAACAAGGACGAGUUCCGCAACAUUGUGAUCAAGAAGACGCAGCUCUUCAAGUUAGACGUGCGGUACGGCGGCGAGCCCGAGCCAACCGUGAUCUGGAAGAAGGACGACAAGGAGAUCAUCCCCGACGAGGAGGAGAGGCUCGGCGACCCUUACAACUGCCGCAGGGUCACCAUUGAGCAGUUUGAGCGCAACACGGUGCUCACGCUGAGGAAGGGCGUGAGGAACGACACUGGCAAGUACAGGCUGUGUCUCGUCAACUCCGUGGGCGAGUGUGAAGAGGAGGCCGAUGUGGUGAUCCUGGGCAAGCCCAUGCGCCCCGAGGGUCCGCUCUUCCCCGAGGAGAUCCGCUCCGACCACGUGAAGCUCAAGUGGAAGAAGCCGAAGGACGAUGGCGGCCUGCCCAUCGAAGGCUACGUCAUUGAGAAGAUGGACCUGGACACGGGGGCCUGGGUGCCUGCGGGAGAGAUUGGUCCAGAGAAGACAGAGUUCACUGUGGACGGCCUCACGCCCAAGAAGAAGUACAAGUUCCGCGUCAAGGCCGUCAACAAGGAGGGUGAAUCAGAGCCCCUUGAGAAUGACGAGCCUAUCCUUGCCCGCAACCCUUAUGAUGAGCCGAGCCGCCCAGGCAAACCUGAGAUCAUUGACUAUGACAACACGAUGGUGGUCCUCCGCUGGACACCGCCAGAGAAGGACGGCGGCCGCCCAAUCACCCACUAUCACAUUGAGAUGAAGGACAAGCACUCCCUGGAUUGGACAGAGGUUGUGCAAACCCCAGACACCAACUGUGAGGCCAUGGUCCCUGGACUGAAGGAAGGGACCAUCUACAGCUUCCGAGUGCGUGCCGCCAACAAGGCUGGUGUCGGUGAGGCCUCAGAGCCCACUGACAACCACAAGUGCAAGCACAAGAACCUCAAGCCUCGCAUCGACCGCACCAACUUCAGCUCGGUGACCAUCAAGGUUGGACGCAGCCACAAGUGGGCCGUGGACUACAUGGGUGAGCCAGACCCAGAUGUGGAGUGGAUCUUCAAGGACAGUGUUGUGUCCAGCUCAGACCGCAUCAACAUUGAGAACACUGACCACCACACAGAGUUCUCGGUCACCAAUGCCAAGAGGAAGGAUGCUGGCCUCUACACCCUGAAGAUCCAAAACCGCAAUGGUUCCGACAGCGAGACCGUUGAGCUGGUUGUCCUGGGCAAACCGGCUAAGUGCACAGGCCCACUGGAUGUGUCUAAUGUGCAUGACACUGGCUGCACCCUGAAGUGGGAGGAGCCCAAGGAUGACGGCGGUCUUCCCAUCAAGGAAUACGAGAUUGAGAAAAUGGACUUGGCAACGGGCAAGUGGAUCAGGUGUGGCAAGUGCCCCGGACAUGUGGCUCCUCCAUUCUUCAACGUGGAGGGGCUGGAGCCAGGCCACCAGUACAAGUUCAGGGUCACUGCUGUCAACGAUGAGGGUGACUCUGAGCCACUGGAGGCUGACCAGGCCAUCCUUGCCAAGAAUCCCUUCGAUGUCCCCACUGCUCCAGGCAAACCUGAGAUUGUAGACUACGACAACAAGUCUGUCGACCUCAAGUGGACAGUGCCAGAGUCUGAUGGUGGGGCACCCAUCCUUAAGUACAUCGUGCAAAAGAAGGACAGGUACAUGCCUGAAUGGGAAGCGGCAGCCGAGCUGAAGCAGGAUGUGAUGCAGCCUCUCAAGCCCGGCCAGCCCGUAGAGACCAAGGUUGGUGGCCUCAAGCACCGGGCCGAGUACCAGUUCCGUGUGAUCGCCGUCAACAAGGCCGGAAACUCACCCGAGUCCGAGGCCACUGACUACCACCUGGUGAAGCACCGUGCCCUCAAGCCUCGCAUCGACCGAACCCACCUCAAACAGACCACCAUCAAGGCUGGACGCAAUGUUAAGUUAGACAUCAAUGUGGAGGGCGAGCCGGCACCCACUAUCCAAUGGAUCUUCCAGCAGAAAGAGGUGACGGAGACGAACGUGGAGAUCAUCAACGUGGACUACAACACCAAGUUCAACAUCACCGACGCCAAGAGGAAGCAGAGCGGGACUUACAAGAUCAUCGCCACCAACCAGCAUGGCAAGGACGAGGCCGAGGUGGAGAUCGUCAUCCUGGCUGGCCCUGGGAAGCCCAAGGGUCCCCUCAAGGUGUCCAAUGUCACCAAGAAGGGCUGCAAGCUGAAGUGGGAGAAGCCCGAUGAUGAUGGUGGCCUGCCCAUUAAGGAGUACCUGGUGGAGAAGCAGGACCCCAUCACCGGCCGCUGGGUCCCUGUUGGCAGAACUAAGGACACCGACAUGGAUGUCCCUGGGCUGCAGGAGGGCAAGGAGUACAUGUUCCGUGUGAAGGCCGUCAACGAUGAGGGCGAGUCCGAGCCUCUGGAGACUGACCACGCCGUCCUGGCCAAGGAUCCCUUCACUGUCCCAGGCAAGCCCAGCGUCCCUGACAUUGUUGACUGGGACGUGGACCGAGUGGACCUCAAGUGGGAGGCCCCCAAAGACAAUGGUGGCGCCCCCAUCACCAAGUACAUCAUUGAGAAGAAGGAACGCUACGGCACCUGGGAGACCAUCCAUGAAUCUGAGGGCCCCAAGACAGAGUGCCGAGUGCCUGGCCUGAAGGAGGGCAACACUUACCAGUUCCGUGUGGUGGCUGUCAACAAGGCUGGUCCCGGCGAGCCCUCAGACUCCACCAACCCACAUGUUGCCAAGGCCAGAUUCCUCAAGCCUCAUAUCAACCGAGACAAACUGAAGAAGAUCACUGUUCGUGCCUCCAAGAAGGUGCACCUCGAGGUUGACGUCAAGGGUGAACCUCCUCCAGAAAUCACAUGGACUCUCAAGAACAAGAAGGUGGAGACGAGUGCCAACUAUGUGGUGCAGAACGAGGACUACCUCACCAAGUUCACCCUCAAUGACUGUGAGCGGCGCCACACUGGCAUCUACAAGAUCCACGCCAAGAAUGACUCAGGCUCUGACGAGGCUGACCUGGAGAUUGUGGUGCUGGACCGCCCAGCCAGACCCCAGGGCCCCUUGGAGGUGUCUGAUGUCCACAAGGAAGGCUGCAAACUCAAGUGGGAGAAGCCCAAGGAUGACGGUGGCCUGCCCAUCGAUGGCUACGUGGUGGAGAAGAUGGACGUCACCACAGGCCGCUGGGUGCCAUGUGGCCGCACUGAUGGAGACACACCAGAGCUGGAGGUGACAGGCCUGGAGCCAGGACACAAGUAUGAGUUCCGUGUGAAGGCCCACAAUGAUGAGGGAGAGUCUGACCCACUUGAAGGUGACCGCGCCAUCCUUGCCAAGGAUCCCUUCGACAAACCAGGGCCUCCUGGAUUGCCUGAGAUUGCUGACUUUGAUGAGAACUCAGUGAAGCUCAAGUGGGACCCGCCCAUCAGGGACGGUGGUGCCCCCAUCACCGGCUACGUCCUGGAAAUGAAACCCAAGGAUGGCGAUAAAUUUGAGGAGGUUGGCAAGGUCAGGGGUAACACCUGUGAGGGCACCAUCCCAGGCCUGAAGGAGGGUGAGAAGUAUGAGUUCCGUAUCAGGGCCGUCAACAAGGCUGGCGUCGGCGAGCCAUCAGACUCAACCCUCCCUCACACUGCCCGCGCUCGCUUCCGUAAGCCGCGCAUUGACCGCACAAAUGUCAAGGAUGUGAUCAUCAAGGUGGGGCAACAGCACCUGUAUGAUAUCGACGUCAUUGGUGAGCCCAAGCCCACCAACGAAUGGACCAUUGAGGGCAAGAACGCCAAGGUCCUCCUUUCUUUCGAGCAGGAAGUCAUUGCAACAGACACACUCCGAGUGGACUCCACAGGCAACAACACCAAGAUACUCAUCCUCAAGGCACGCAGGAACAUGACCGGCAAGUAUGUGCUCAAGGCCAAGAACGCUCACGGCGAGGACUCCGUCACAAUCGACGUCACUGUCCUGGGUCCCCCCAGCAAGCCUGAGGGACCCCUGGAGGUGAGCGAUGUCAAGGCCAAUGGGUGCAAGCUCAAGUGGGACAAACCAGAAGAUGAUGGUGGCCUCCCUGUUGACCACUAUGAGAUUGAGAAACUGGACCCCCUGACUGGCCAGUGGAUGCCGUGUGGCGAGUCCAAGACGCCAGAGUUUGAUGUGACAGGUCUGCAGGAAGGCAAGAAGUACAAGUUCAGGGUGAAGGCUGUCAACCCCGAGGGAGAGUCUGAACCCCUGGAGGCUGACAAGGCUAUCAUCGCCAAGAAUCCCUUCGACCCGCCAUCAAAGCCAGGAAAGCCCAAGGCAACCAACUGGGACAAGGACUUUGUGGAGCUGGAGUGGGCCAAGCCAAAGGAUGACGGAGGUGCUGAGAUCACCGAGUACAUCAUUGAGAAGCGUGAUGUGACUGGCCGUGGCUGGGCUCCCUGUGGCUUUGGGCCUGGUAACCGCACCUCAAUCAAAAUCACAGACGUUGAGCCGAAUCACGAGUACCAGUUCCGCGUCGUCGCUAAGAACAAGGCUGGUCCCUCUGAGCCCUCAGAUGCCUCAGAAUCUGUCAUCUGCAAACCAAGAUUCUUGGCUCCACGCAUUGACCGCAAGAAUCUUGGACGCAAGACUGUGCGCUCCAGCAUGACCUUCAAGAAUGAGAUCAAGGUUGAGGGUGAGCCUGACCCCAAGGUGACAUGGUCCAUCGAGAGCAAGCCAGUGAAGAAUGACCGCAUCACCAUCCAGAGUGAGGAGCACCUGACCACCUUCCUCCUCCGCAAGGCCAAGCGCUCCGACACUGGCGUCUACAAGAUAGUCGCCAAGAAUGACUCGGGCACUGACGAGGCAGAGAUGGAGCUGAUCGUCAUUGACAAGCCCAGCAAGCCCAAGGGUCCUCUGAAGGUUUCUGAUGUCACUGCUGAGUCUGUAAAGCUCAAGUGGGAGCCACCAGAGGAUGAUGGUGGCGAGCCUGUUGACCAUUACGUGGUGGAAAGGAUGGACCUGGAUACUGGCCGUUGGGUGCCAGUUACUGAGUCCAAGACUCCUGAGGCUGAGGUGCCUGGCCUGAUCGAGGGCAAGGACUACAUGUUCCGUGUGAGGGCCGUCAAUUCCGAGGGCGAGUCUGAGCCACUGGAGACUGACACUUCCACCAAGGCCAAGAACCCAUAUGAUCCCCCAAGCCAGCCUGGCAGGCCCGAGGUGAAGGACUAUGACAGGACGUGGUGUGAGCUGAAGUGGAAGGCUCCGGACGAUGACGGCGGUGCCCCCAUCACCAGCUACAUCAUUGAGCGCAAGGACAAGUUUUCCGCCAAGUGGGUGAAGCACUGUGACACCAAGAGCAACAAGCCUGAGUUCAAGGUGCCGGACUUGACUGAGGGUGAAACUUACCAAUUCCGUGUCAAAGCUGUUAACAAGGCUGGCCAGAGUAAGCCGUCUGAGGCUUCGGAUAACUUCACUGCCAAGGCCAAGUUCUUGAAGCCGCACAUUGACCGCAGCAACUUGGAGAAUAUCACCUUGCGUGCAGGACAGAUGCUCAAGUUUGAUGCUAAGGUGACCGGUGAGCCAGUGCCCAAAAAGACCUGGUUCAUCAACAAGGCAAGGCAGGAGAAGGACUCCGAUGAGGUGAAGAUUGAUGAGGAGGACCACCGCACCAAGAUUGUCAUUCCCAGCUGCACAAGGGCCCACAACGGCAUCUUUGUCAUCAAGGCAGAGAACUCUGCCGGCAAGGAUGAGGUGGCCAUUGAGGUGACAGUCCUUGACAAGCCCGGUAAGCCAGAGGGCCCCCUGAAGGUGUCUGAUGUACACAAGGAAGGUUGCACACUCAAGUGGAAGGAACCACUGGAUGAUGGUGGUGCCCCCAUUGAGCAAUACAUCGUGGAGAAGAUGGACACAGAGACUGGGCGCUGGGUGCCAGUUGGGAGGUGCCGUGAGCCCGGUAUGGAGGUUGAGAACUUGGAGCCAAACCAUGAGUACAAGUUCCGUGUUUCAGCCAUCAACAGUGAGGGUGAGUCUCAGCCUCUUGAAGGCUUGGACACCAUCGUGGCCAAGAAUCCCUUCGACCCACCAGACCCACCUGGCAAGCCUGAGGCCACAGACUGGGACAAGGACUUUGUGGAGCUCAAAUGGACCAAGCCAGCCAAGGACAAUGGAGCGCCCAUCACUGGCUAUGUUAUUGAGAAGCGUGAUGAGGGGACUGGCCGCUGGGUGAAGGCUGCCGAGGUCAAGGGCGAUACACCAAAGGGCCGUGUUGAGGACUUGGAUGAGGGUGAGACUUACGAGUUUCGUGUGAGGGCCGUUAAUGAGGCUGGUCCUUCAGAACCUUCACAGACCAGCCAACCCAUCACCUGCAAGCCCAGAAAAUUGAAGCCAAGGAUUGACCGACGCAACCUGAGGGACCUGACAGUGCGGGAGGGAGAGCCCAUCUUGCUGGACGUCAAGGUGAUUGGUGAGCCUCCUCCAGACGUGGAAUGGUUCCAGGGCAAGAAGAUGGUGCAGGAGACCAAGGAUGUGAGGGUGGAAAAUGUCCCUUACAACACCAAGUACAUCAACGACGAGCCGCUGCGCAAGCACACAGGUGUGUACAAGAUUGUGGCCACCAACCAGUAUGGCAAGGAUGAGGCUGAGAUCAACAUCACUGUCAUCUCCAAGCCCAGCAAGCCUGAGGGUCCACUGGAGGUGAAGGACAUCCACAAGGAGGGCUGCAAACUUAAGUGGAAGCCUCCCAAGGAUGACGGUGGUCUGCCCGUGGAAGGAUACGUGGUGGAGAAGUUCGACCCUGACAUGGGCCUGUGGCUGCCAGUGGGCAAGACCUCCACCCCUGACAUGGAGGUGACUGACCUGACCCCCGGCCAUGAGUACGAGUUCCGUGUGAAGGCAGUGAACAAGGAGGGCGAGUCUGAGCCCUUAGUGACCUUGGCACCCAUCGUGGCCAAAGAUCCCUUCUCCACACCUGGCCGCCCUGGUAUCCCAGAACCCACUGACUGGGAUGCUAACCGCAUUGACCUCAAGUGGCCCAUGCCUGCGGACGACGGUGGUGCUGCCAUCUCCCACUACAUCAUUGAGAAGCGUGAUAAAUACACGAACCUAUGGGAGAAGGCUGUUGAAACUGAUACCCCAGAGUGCAAGGGCAUCGUACCAAACCUUAUUGAGGGAAUGGAUUACCAGUUCCGCAUCAUUGCUGUCAACCGUGCUGGUGCUGGUGAACCCUCAGAGCCCUGUCGACCAAUUACUGCCAAACCAAGAUUCCUGGCUCCCAAGAUUGACCGCAAAAACCUGCGUGAUGUCACCAUCUCUGCUGGCUCCAUGCUGAAGUACGACUGUGACAUCAGUGGUGAACCUCCUCCAACCUCCUCAUGGACCUUUGAGGGCCAGAAGCUGGACUCCAACAGACACGUCAGCAUCACGAGUGUUGAUUACAACUCCAAGUUGGUGAUUCGUGACACUGUUCGCGGCGACACAGGCGAGUACGUCAUCACCGCCACCAACAGCUCCGGCAAGGACAGGGUAACUGUGCGUGUGACUAUCACAGACAAACCUGAGAAGCCUGAAGGACCCAUCAAGGUGUCUGAUGUCCAUGGCACUGGCUGCAAGUUGAAGUGGAAGCGCCCGAAGGAUGAUGGUGGCAGUCCAAUUGAGUACUACCAGGUGGAGAAGUUGGACCCUAACACAGGCCUGUGGGUCCCUGCUGCUCGCACCAAUGGUGCUGAACCAAUGGUGGAGCUCAACAACCUCUCACCUGGGAGUGAGUAUGAGUUCCGUGUGAAGGCUGUCAAUGCUGAAGGCGAGUCUGCUCCUCUGAAUGCUGAGGAGUCUGUCCUGGCCAAGGAUCCUUACGAGGAGCCUAGCAAGCCUGAGAACCUGAAGGUGGCUGACUAUGACCAGAAUAAGGUGGACCUCAAGUGGGACAAACCCAAGUCUGAUGGUGGUGCUCCUGUUGAGAAGUAUAUCAUUGAGAAGAAAGACAAGUAUGGUGGAUGGGACAAGGCCUGUGAGGUGCCAGCUAGCCAGACCAGCUGCUCAGUGCCAGAUCUCAUUGAGGGCGAGACAUACGAGUUCCGUGUGAGGGCAGUUAAUCCUGCUGGCCCCAGCCUGCCAUCUAAUGCCACAGAGCCUGUCACCGUCAAGGCGAGAAACUUACCACCCAAGAUUGAUCGCACCAACCUACAGCCUGUCCGCAUCAAGGCCGGCCAGAGCUUCAACUUCGAUGUGAACAUUUCUGGUGAGCCAGUCCCAGAGAAGAAGUGGUUCCUCAAGAAGAAGGAGGUGAAGUCUGCAAAUGUGACCAGCAUCCGCUUCAGCGACUACAACACCAAGCUGAGGGUGACUGGUGCCUCCAGGGCUGAGAGUGGCACCUACACCAUCACGGCAGAGAAUGAGAACGGCAAAGACUCUGCUGAUGUGGAGGUCACUGUUCUUGAUCGUCCAUUGGCACCCAAUGGUCCACUGAAGGUGUCUGAGGUGUAUGCUGAGGGCUGUAAGCUGGACUGGAACCCACCAGCAGAUGAUGGAGGCUGCCCCAUUGACCACUAUGCCAUUGAGCAGCUGGAUGAGGCCACUGGACGCUGGGUACCUGCAGGAGAGACAGCCGGAAAGGAGACGUCUUUCAAUGUGGAGGGUCUCACUCCUGGACACAAGUACAAGUUCCGUGUCAAGGCUGUGAACCGCCUGGGCCAGUCUGACCCACUCACUGCCCAGCAGGCCAUUGAAGCAAAGAAUCCAUUUGACCCACCUGGCACGCCCAAGGAUAUUGAUAUUGCUGACUUUGAUGCUGACUUCGUUGACCUGGUCUGGAAGAAACCAGAUGGAGACGGUGGCGCCCCCAUCACCAGCUACAUCAUUGAAAAGCGAGACAGAUACAGUCCACUAUGGGACAAGUGUGCCACAGUGGACGGUGACCAGUGCAAGGCCCACAUCCCUGACCUCAUGGAAGGCAACGUGUAUGAGUUCCGUGUGGUGGCUGUCAACAAGGCAGGCCCUGGUGAGCCCUCUGAGCCCACCAAGCCGCACGUCGCCCGGCCCAAAAAUCUUCCUCCUCGCAUUGACCGUAAUGCCAUGAUGGACGUGAAGAUCAAGGCUGGUGAGAACCUGAAUCUGCCAGUGCCAGUGGUUGGUGAACCUCCUGCCACCAAGCAGUGGCGUGUCAAGGACAUGGACCUCUACCCCUCCGACCGCCUCACCAUUAUCAGUGAGGACUAUAGCACCACCAUCAAGAUCUUUGACUGUAAGCGUGGUGACAGUGGUGCCUACACACUCAAUGCCCGCAAUAAGAAUGGUGAAGACACCUGCACCGUCAACAUCACUGUCUUGGAUGCACCCGGUGCCCCUGAGGGCCCUCUUAAAUGCUCCGAUGUCAGCCGCAGUGGCUGCACUGUCAGCUGGAAGCCACCCAAGGAUGACGGUGGCUCAGAUAUCAUAGGCUAUGCAGUGGAGAAGAUGGACAUGGACACCUACAGGUGGGUGCCUGUGGGUGAAGUCAAGGGCACCAGCCUCCCAGUAGACAACCUCAUUGAGGGACACGACUAUAAGUUCCGUGUGUCGGCCAUCAACCGUCAGGGCCAGGGACCAGCACUCACUGGAACAGACACUAUCACAGCCAAGGACCCAUACACCAAGCCUGGUAAACCAAGCUCACCCGAGGUCAUGGACUGGGACAAGGACCGUGUUGACCUGCAGUGGACCGAGCCACGAUCAGAUGGUGGCGCUCCCAUCACCGGCUAUAUCAUUGAGAAGAAGAAGCGUUUCGGUCCCUGGGAGAAGGCAGUGGAGGUGCCAGCCAAGCAUGGCCCCAAGGCCUCUGUGCCUGACCUGGAGGAAGGAGAAGAGUACCAGUUCCGGAUUGUUGCUGUCAACAAGGCUGGAAACUCUGAGCCCUCGGAGGCCUCUCAGCCAGUGGUCUGCAAGGCACGCUUUGAGAAGCCUACUAUCGACAGCAAGGCUCUGGAGGACCAAAUCAUCAAGGUCAACACUCGCCUCAACUACACAGUGCCCAUUCGUGGUGCUCCCAAGCCCAAAGUCUCCUGGACUGUCAAUGGGGAGCCUCUCCUUGAGUCUAAGCGGGUGGACCUGCAGACUUACGGCAAGCAGACCAUCCUUGACAUUCCCUUCGCCCAGCGCAGCGACAGUGGCCGCUACACCCUCACACUGGAGAAUGAUCUUGGCAAAGUGUCAGCUUCUGCCAAUGUGACUGUGCUGGACAAGCCUUCACCUCCUGGAGGUCCUCUCAUUGUGAGCGACGUAACACGCGAGAGCUGCAAACUGACCUACAAGACACCUGCAGAUGAUGGUGGCUCCCCCAUCCUCUACUACCUGAUUGAGAAGAUGGACAUGUCCCGUGGCACAUGGACAGAGGUAACCCAAGUGGCUGGCCUGAUGGCUGAUGUGCACAACUUAGUCCACAUGAAGGAAUACCACUUCAGGGUCAAGGCUGUCAAUGCCAUUGGAGAGUCAGAGCCCCUCAGCACAAACAAGAGCAUCAUUGCAAAGAAUGACAGAGAUGAGCCCAGCUCACCAGGCCGCCCCAAUGUUACGGACUGGGACAGUGACCACGUGGACCUGGAAUGGACUCCACCUCCAAGCGAUGGUGGCGCUCCCAUCACUGGCUACAUCAUUCAGAAGAAAGAACGUGGUUCACCAUACUGGCAGAAUGCUGUACGCCUGUCUGGCCCAGAGACCAAGGGUACGGUGCCCAACCUGACCGAGGGACAGGAGUAUGAGUUCCGCGUUCUUGCUGUCAACAAGGUUGGCAACUCAGAGCCUUCAGAGCCCUCAGAUAGUGUGGUGUGCCGCCCACGACACCUUAAGCCCAAGAUCUUGGGGCCGCUGUACGACAUCCGCAUCAAGGCUGGUCAAGUGCUGCACGUCGAUGUGGACUACAUUGGCGAACCACAGCCCGCUGUUUCCUGGUUCAAUGACGACAAGGAACUCCAGGCUGAUGUGCGCACCACCAUCACUGCCAUCAACAACCACAGCGUCCUGCAUGCUGUCAACACCACACGUGCUGACUCUGGCCAGUACAAGAUCAGAGUAAAGAAUGACAGUGGCCAGGAUGAAGGAACCUUCCAGGUGACUGUGCUGGACACCCCUGGUUCUCCAGAAGGGCCCCUCAACUAUGAUGAAAUCCAGGCUAACAGUGUUGACAUUUCCUGGAAUCCACCCAAGGAUGAUGGUGGCAGCCCCAUCACCGGUUAUGUCAUUGAGAAGCGUGACAUCACACACGGUGGAGGUUGGGUGCCUGCUGUUACCUGGGUGGACCCUAAAGAGACUCGUGCCACUGUGCCACGCCUCCUGGAGGGAACACAGUAUGAGUUCAGGGUGAAGGCAGAGAACAUGCAAGGGCCUGGAGAGCCUCUGGUUUCAGACAAGCCUGUCACUGCCAAGGCCUCUGCUGAUGUCCCUGGCCAGCCUGGACGUCCCACUUGCAAGGACUCCGACAAGGACUUCAUCAAGAUCCAGUGGGGCGCUCCUCGCUCCACUGGUGGGUCACCCAUCACUGGCUAUGACGUGGAGCGCUGUGGCAUCCAUUCUGGCCGCUGGAAGAAGAUCAACCGCGGCCCUGUCAAGGGAACAGAAUUUGUAGAUGACACAGUGGCUGAAGGCGAGCAGUACCAGUACCGCAUCAUUGCCAACAACAAGAUGGGUGCCUCCAACCCCUCAGAACCAUCCCAGGCAAUUGCUGCCAAGCCCAUGCGCGAUGCCCCGAAGCUGUACCUGGAUGGCCUCCUGGGGAAGAAGCUCAAGGUGCGCGCUGGGGAGCCAAUCGAUAUCAAGAUUCCCAUGUCUGGUGCACCUCAGCCUGCCUGUGAGUGGUCCAAGGACAAGACGAAGAUUGAACCCAGCAAGAGAACCUCGUUGGAGACGACCCCCGAUCACUGCCGCCUCUUCGUCGACAAGGCACGCAGGGAGGACUCUGGCAACUACACCAUCACAGCAGAGAAUCCCUAUGGCAAGGACUCUGCCAGCAUUGAGGUCAUUGUGGUGGACAAACCCGGACCACCACAGGGACCACUGGAGCCCACCGAGAUCACUGCCCACACUAUCUCCCUCGCCUGGAAGCCACCUCUGGACAAUGGUGGGGCUGAGGUCACCGGGUAUGUGGUGGAGAAGACCGAGGCAAACUACGAUAUGUGGAAGGUGGUGCCUGGCUACUGCCCCAAGACUAACUUCACUGUCAAGGGUCUUGAGGAAGGGAAGAAGUACCGCUUCCGUGUGCGUGCUGAGAACAUGUACGGCAUCUCAGAGCCUCUUGAGGGUACUCCAGUGGAGGCCAAGAAUCCCUUCGAUGCACCAGAUGCCCCAGAGAAGCCUGAAAUUGAAGGUUACAGUCCAUCCUCCUGCCAGCUUGUCUGGAAACCACCUGCAAACAAUGGUGGACGCCCAGUCACUGGCUACAUUGUGGAGAAGAGGGACAGAGGUGGUGACUGGAUAAGGGUGAACCACUACCCAACGCCCAACACCCAGUACAAUGUGACAGGCCUGAGUGAAGGCAACCGCUACGAGUUCCGUGUUGUGGCUGUAAACGAGGCAGGUCCUGGCAAGCCUAGCAAGCCAUCCAAUUCCAUUACGGCAAAGGUUCCCAAGUACCUGCCAUCUGCCCCAGAGCCACCACGUCCAGACCGUAUUGGCCGCAACUGUGUGACUCUAUCCUGGCGGCCACCAACCCAGGAUGGUGGUGCCAAGAUCAAGGGCUACCUGGUGGAAUACAAGCAAAAGGAUGAGGAUGAAUGGACUCCUGCCAACAGCCUGCCUCACCCUGACCCCAACUACACUGUGCUUGGUCUCAAUGAGAUGGACGAGUACUACUUCAGGGUGACUGCUGUCAAUGAGGUGGGUCCGUCUGCACCCUCAAGGCCAUCAAGCCUCAUCAAGAUUGAGGAACAGGCCAACAAGCCACGCAUUGACCUAAGUGGCAUCCGAGAUAUCACUGUGAAGGCUGGCGAGGACUUCUCCAUCCACGUGCCUUACACUGGAUUCCCCAAACCUACAUCUACCUGGUACCAUGAUGAUGAAGACAUCAAGAUUGACCGAGACCCACGCAUCCAUGAACAACUAACUGAUGACUUCUGUGCCAUGAUCGUCACUAAUGCCAAGCGCAGUGAUACUGGCCCAUACAAGCUCCGCCUACAGAAUCCAUCCGGCUUUGACACAGUGUCGGUGAACGUGCGUGUCCUGGACCGCCCAGCACCCCCAGAAAACCUCCGUGCGGAUGAAUUCAACGGCGAUGCUCUCACACUCUUCUGGAAUCCUCCCAAGGACAACGGUGGUGCUGAGAUCACAAACUACGUGGUGGAGAAGCGCGAGGGUAAGGGCAACUGGACCAAGGUGAGCAGCUAUGCCACCGCGCCCUUCCUCCGCAUCCGUAACCUGACCGUCAACAAGGAGUAUGAAUUCCGCGUAAUGGCGGAGAAUCAAUACGGAACAUCAGACCCAUGCACUUCCCCGACACCCAUCAGGGCAAGGCAUCCCUUCGAUCCUCCUGGUGCCCCUGGAGCCCCACGUGGACUGGAGUCUACGGAGGAUUCCAUCACCAUCCAGUGGUCGAAGCCUCGCCAUGAUGGUGGAGCACACAUCCAGGGAUACAUUGUGGAGAAGAGGAUAGUGGGUGACCUGAGCUGGAGCCGAGCCUCCCAUGCCAUGGUCAAGGACACCACUUACCGUGUCAUCAACCUCACAGAACACCAGGAGUAUGAGUUCCGGGUUGCUGCUGUCAAUGCUGCCGGCCAAGGCCCAUGGAGCGACCCAAGUGAAAACAUCAAGUGCAUCAGUUUCCGCGCGCCCAAGAUCACCUCUGACCUGAGCAUCCGUGACAUGACUGUGAUCGCCGGUGAGGAGUUCACCAUCACUGUACCAUUCAUUGCCUCGCCACUGCCAAAGGCCCAGUGGUGGAUUGGCCCCAACGAGGUGAUUCCAGACCAGCGCAUCCAGUUCCAGAUGGAACCUUCUGGCACUGCCCACAUCUUUAUCAACAAGUGUGCCAAGCGCAGUGACAUUGGCAAAUACACCGUCAAGCUGACCAACACUGAGGGUGCUGACUCAGGCUCCUGCAAGGUCAAUGUUGUGGACCGACCAACACCACCACAGGGACCACUGGAGGUGUCUGACAUCACCCCUGAGACUUGCUCUCUGGCCUGGCGUCCUCCUCUCGACGAUGGUGGCUCUCCUGUCACCAACUACCAGGUAGAGAGGUUGGAGCCUCUGACAGGCAUGUGGAACAAGGUCAGUGCCUUUGUACGCUCUUGCCACUACGAUGUCAUUGGUCUCGAGCCCAACAAGUCCUAUCACUUCCGUGUUCGUGCUGAGAACCAGUACGGGCUCUCAGACCCACUGGAGACCACAGAUGCUGUUGUGGCCAAGUUCCCCUUCACUGUGCCGGAACCACCUGGCCGCCCCAACAUUCUGGACCACGACAUCAACUCUGUCAUGCUCACUUGGGAUCGUCCAGCCUCCGAUGGUGGCUCCAGGAUCCAGGGCUACAAGGUCGAGUAUCGUGAUGUGACUGACACUAACUGGGCUGCAGCCAAUGACUUCCUGGUCAAGGAGACUACCUACACUGUCCACUCUCUCCUCGUCAAUCACGACUAUGAGUUCCGCGUCAAGGCUAAGAAUGCUGCUGGCUUCAGCAAGUACUCGCCACCUAGCAAGACCAUUAAGAUGAAGGGCAAGUACUCCGUGCCAUCACCACCAGGCACUCCUGUUGUCACCAAGAUUGGCAGGAACUACGUGGACCUCAAGUGGACUGCACCUGAGAGUGACGGUGGCUCUCGUAUCACUGGCUACAUGGUGGAGAAGCGGGAGGUUGGAGGCAACUGGGCGAAGUGCAAUGACUACAAUGUGGUUGACACCCAUUACACUGUCCUCAACCUGACAGAGGGCAGUGACGUAGAGUUCAGAGUGUAUGCCAUCAAUGCUGCUGGCAAGUCUGAGCCUUCCCAGAGUGCCCAGCCUGUCAAGAUCCGUGAAGCUGCUCCAGGUGAGAAACCGUUCUUCAUCAAGAACCUGCAAAACACUGCUGCUGCCCUGCACAAGCCAGUCACUCUGGAGUGUGAGGCAGAGGGCAAGCCAACUCCCACGGCCCGCUGGCUCAGGAAUGGCCGUGAAGUGACCCUUGGUGGCCGUAUCACAGCAGAGGAGAAGAAUGGCAAAUUCAAGCUGACCAUCUCAGAUAUGUGGGAGGUGGAUGAAGGUGACUAUGCUUGUGUGGCAGCCAAUGAUGCUGGCCAAGCCUCCUCUGUCGCCCAUGUCAAGAUUGGCAACCCACCGCGCAUCACUCAGAUGCCAGAUUGCCUCUACCUGCCUGAAGGUGACAACACCAAGAUCAAGAUUUACUUCACUGGUGACCUGCCUUUGGAUGUGACCCUCACCCAGAACGGUGAACCAGUCAUGGAGUCACAGCACCUUAAGUUCACUGUGUUUGAUGAAUUCAUCAUCAUCUUUAUCAAGGAAGUGGCCAAGCAAGAUGCAGGCCAGUACACCCUCACUGUCAAGAAUGAUUCUGGCUCUGUGUCUGGCAGCUUCACCGUCUACAUCACUGGUGUGCCUGGCGCUCCAACUGCACCACUUGAUGUCACUGACAUAAGCCGUCAUAUGUGCACCCUCAACUGGCGACCACCUUCCUAUGAUGGUGGCAUGCCAGUCACUCACUACGUUGUGGAGCGCAAGGAUGUCACGUACGCCAACUGGAUUACCAUCAACUCCUACUGUAAAGACUGCAGCUUCACUGUUCAGGGCCUGACUGAGGGCCAGGAGUACCUGUUCCGUGUCAUGGCUGUCAAUGAAAAUGGCAUGGGCCCGCCCCUGACUGGCCUCAACCCCAUCAAGGCCAAGGCUCCUUACGACCCACCAUCUCCACCUGGCAUCCCCAAGGUCACAGAAGUGGGAGGCGACUUUGUGCACCUGGAAUGGGACAAGCCAGAAAAGGACGGUGGCUCACGCAUCAAGGGCUACUGGAUAGAGAAGAGAGAAAUUGGUUCUAACAUCUGGACAAUGGUGAACCAGUACAUAUGUCUCCCAACACAGAUCAAUGUCUCUAACCUGAUUGAGGACAGACAGUAUGAGUUCCGUGUGUUUGCAGAGAAUGAUGCUGGUCUGUCAAAGCCAUCCAGCAACUCCUCUUCUGUCAGGAUCAAGGACCCCAAUGCUGCGGUACCACCAGAAAUAGUCACUCCACUGCGUAACGUAAUGGCUCUUCAGCACAGGAGUGCCCAUCUUACCUGCCAGAUCACUGGCAAACCCAAACCAAACAUCUCCUGGUUCAAGGGCAUGCGAGAGCUUUGCAACAGUGCCAAGUAUUCCAUGACGCGUGACGGAGACACGUACACGCUGACAGUGCAUGACGUGUAUGGAGAGGACGAAGAUGAGUACAUGUGCCGUGCCCAGAAUUCUGCAGGCAUCAGGAGCACUAAGGGAGAAAUCUCCAUCAAGUUGGCUCCCAAGAUUAACGUUCCUCCAAGGUUCCGCGACACAGCAUUCUUCGACAAGGGUGUUAAUGCAGUCAUUAAGAUUCCCUUCAUUGGCAACCCUCGGCCCCGAAUCACCUGGACCAAGGAGGGCGAAACCAUCGAGUCUGGCAGCCACUACGCGGUGGACACUCAGCAGCGGCACGCCAUCCUCACCAUCAGAGACGUUGCCAACCUGGACAGUGGCAACUACAGACUCACUGCAGAGAACGAGUUGGGCUCCGACUCUGCCCUCAUCAAAAUCCAGAUCUCAGACCGGCCAGACCCACCACGCUUCCCCAAGGUGGAAAGUGUCAUGGGCAAGGAGUGUGUGCUCACCUGGCAAGUGCCAGCCUGGGACGGUGGUGCCAACAUCAACAACUACAUCAUCGAAAAGCGCGAGCUGCCUAUGGAGUCAUGGAUCAAGUGUGCCAACACCCGCCUCACCACCGCACAGAUCAAGGGCUUGAGUCCUGGACAUCAGUACCAGUUCCGUGUGUACGCCGAAAACGUAUACGGUCGCUCAGACCCAUCGGCGGUGACGAGCGUGGUGGAGACACCGGCACCAACCACCAAGAAGGCCAAAAAGAAGCAGUACGAGGUGGAUGAGACCGGAAAGAAGAUCCGUGGAAGGAAGGAGUCUGUUGAUGACUAUGAUCGGUUUGUGUUUGAUGUGUACUCCAAGUAUGUUCCACAGCCAGUGGACAUCAAACACGACUCUGUCUACGAAUACUAUGACAUCCUCGAAGAGAUUGGCACUGGUGCCUUCGGAGUGGUGCAUCGCUGCCGUGAACGCAAGACUGGCAACAUCUUUGCUGCCAAGUUCAUUCCUGUGGCCUCUGCCAUGGAGAAGGAGUUGAUCCGCAAGGAGAUUGACAUCAUGAAUCACCUACACCACCCUAAACUGAUCAACCUGCACGAUGCUUUCGAGGAUGACGACGAAAUGGUCCUCAUCUUUGAAUUCCUGUCUGGUGGUGAGCUCUUUGAGAGGAUCACAGCUGAGGGCUACACCAUGUCUGAGGCUGAGGUGAUCAACUACAUGAGACAGAUAUGUGAAGGCGUCAAGCACAUGCAUGAGAAGAACAUUAUCCACCUGGACGUGAAGCCCGAGAAUAUCAUGUGCCAGACCAAGAACUCGACAAAUGUGAAGCUGAUUGACUUUGGGUUGGCCACCAAACUGGACCCCAAUGAGGUGGUCAAGAUCUCCACAGGCACAGCAGAAUUUGCAGCACCAGAGAUUGUAGAAAGAGAGCCUGUUGGAUUCUACACAGACAUGUGGGCUGUUGGUGUCCUGGCUUAUGUCCUCUUGAGUGGUCUCUCACCCUUCGCUGGGGACAAUGACAUUGAGACACUAAAGAAUGUGAAGGCCUGUGACUGGGACUUUGAUGAGGAAGCCUUUAAGAAUGUCUCCAAUGAAGCCAAGGACUUCAUCCGUCACCUCCUCAUCAAGAAUAAGGAGAAGCGUAUGACCGCCCAUGAGUGUCUGAUGCAUUCCUGGCUACGAGGCGACUACUCUCCCCGUCUGGAGCCGAUCGAUAUGAUGCGAUACAUUCCCAUCCGCGACAAGAUCCGCAAGAAGUACAAGGAGUGGGAGAAAUUCCUGCUGCCCAUCGGUCGCCUGGCUGAGUACUCUUCCCUCAGGAAGCUCCAGCUGGAGAAGUACAGAAUACACGAUACACACUUCGACCGACUUCAGUGUGCGCCGAGGUUCGUGAUCAGGCCUCAGAACGCCUUCACGUACGAGGGACAGAGCGUCAAGUUCAACUGUCGCAUUGUAGCAGUGGCGGCGCCCACUGUGUGCUGGUUCCACAACAACAUGGAACUGCGCCAGUCAGUGAAGUACAUGAAGAGGUACUCUGGGGAAGAUUACUCAUUCAUUAUCAACCGUGCCAAGCUGGAUGACCGUGGCGAGUACAUCAUCCGCGCCGAGAACCAUUAUGGGGCCAGAGAAGAGCCUGUCUUCCUUAAUGUACAGCCCUUGCCACCAGAGAUCCCCCAGUACAGGCCACAGGAACAGAUUGUGCGUCGCCGCCAGCCACUUGCCUACAAGAUGUGGCAAGAAGAGAGCGAGAGUGCACCCAGCUUCACUUUCCUCCUGCGUCCUCGUGUCAUUCAGUGCCACCAGACCUGCAAACUUCUCUGUUGUCUCUCUGGCAAGCCUGUUCCUACUGUCAAGUGGUUCAAGGGUAACCAGGAGCUAUCCAAGUUUGACUAUUCCAUGAGUCACUCUGAUGGUGUGGUUGCCAUAGAGAUUGUCAACUGCAGACCUGAAGACUCCGGAAAGUAUAAGUGCGUUGCGACCAACCACCACGGCACAGAUGAGACAUCCUGUGUGGUGAUUGUUGAAGGCUAUGGUGAUCGAACGGCAGAACAGACAACUCUGAUGAAAAAUCUGAAAUACACAGACCGAAGGUAUAUCGAAACGACCAUCAAGGACCUGCCUCCACCCCCCACGCCAGCUGUCAGGGUAGACGACUCCUCAUACUUCAGCCCCAAAAAGACAACAAAGCCCACCCCUGCUGCUGCCCCUGCUGCCGCCCCAAGCAAGACUGACGACUCUGGAAAGAGGACACUGAAACCUUAUGGCAAGAGGACAGACUCCACCGGCAGCACAUCCAGGUCUCGCUCAGCAACCAAGGAAUUGGAACUUCCCCCUGAUGACUCCCUCAUGGGUCCCCCUGGAUUCUCUGGAGAGCUUCCACCUAACUUAGCAAUCAAGGAUGGAGAGAUGCUGUGCCUCAAAUGUACCGUCAAGGGCGACCCUGAGCCACAGGUGUCAUGGUUCAAGGAUGGGGAGUCCAUCAGCUCCUCUGACAUCAUUGAUCUCAAAUAUCGUCAAGGCCUAGCAUCCCUCACCAUCAAUGAGGUGUUCCCAGAGGAUGAGGGUGCCUACACCUGCCGGGCUACCAACUCCUUGGGCACUGCCGAGACCAAAUGUGUCCUUAAGAUCACUCCCAUGGGGCAACAGGUGAACGGCAAGGGUGGCCGCGGUGACAAGCUUCCAAGAAUCACUGACCACCUCAAGUCCCAGGAUGUACAGGAUGGUACCUCCCACACACUCUCCUGCAAGAUUGGUGGUGCCUCGAAGUUUGAUGUUGUUUGGUUACACAACGAGAAGGAGAUCAAGCCUUCCAAGGACUUCCAAUAUGUGACAGAAGGAGACAAGUACUUGCUCAAGAUCGCUGAGGUGUUCCCAGAAGAUGCAGGAACCUACACCUGUGAGGCAUUCAAUGACAUUGGAGAGACCUUCAGCACCUGCACAAUCACUGUCAUAAUACCAGGAGAGGACAAGAAGCAGCCAGCAUUCAAGAAGUUCCCACGCUCCCAGACAGUGAUGGAGGGCAAGUCUGCAAGCUUCAAUGUCAAAUUUGAGAAGGAGCCAACAAAGAUCACUUGGCUGAAGGACGGAAAGCCAGUGGACGAGAGCUCACCUCGCUAUAAGUUCAUGCAGGAAGGCAAGAAGGAGUUUACUUAUGAAAUUCCCAACUGCCUCCCGACUGAUGUGGGUCAGUAUGUGGUGAAAGCAACAUCCAAAAAGGGCGAGACGACAGCUGCCUUCUCCGUAAAUGUUCAUUCUGCUGACGAGCUGUGAACCACCCACCCUUCCCCCUAAGGCACCGAUUGGACCACAAGGCCCCCCCUGUUGCGUGAGUCUCGCGAACCACGAGAUUACGUGACUAACGAACUCCAUGGCCCUUCAGCAUACAUGGACUGGCUGAGGCGGCCCUCGAGAAAGCAUUUUCAUUGUGUUAUAGUACUGUGUGCAUGUUCGCUUUUGUGCUACAUGUAUAUUUCCUAUGAGAUUAUUAUUAUUUAUCAUCAUUACUAUAAUAAAUACAGUUACUAGUGAUAGGAAAACCUGUUGGAUGGGAAAAUGUGUCCGAGGAGAGAAAGACGACAUAACAUCAUAUCAGAGUUCUGUGCACAUGACGUGACUAGAUGUACGUAUUCAGUUUUGAAUCUCGUUCACAUACACGCACACACACUAAGCAUUUACCCUUGCACACUACUUCUUUCAAAUCUUCCUGAAGCCUUCAUUUUUUUUAGUCCUACUUGCCAGUCAAGCAUUUUGUCUGACCCUACUGAUCCACUGAUUUCCUUUGCAAUUCCCUAACAAAUGAAGGAGGAGAAAACCCACUCUUGUAUGAGUUGGAAUUGCACCACAACUCAUAUGAUGGUGGAUUGUGUACCUCCACGAAUGACUCUUUGUCUGUCUCAUCGCCUCUCUCUCUUUACAACUUUCCCGCCAUGUUCUCUCGUCGUUGUACGUUCGUCAGCCUGAGCACCAAUCACAUAGGCCCUCCCGCUGCUACCCAUACCAGGCUAUGACCCUAGAGCCAUUUAGGAGUUACAAUGUUUGUAACCUUGAUGUGCCAAAUAUCAACAUGAUGGAUACACCCCAGUAGCCAAUCAUGGGCUGUGGCUGAUGUGGGUGGCUACGGAGAGGUAGAUCAAGACGCUAACUGUACGAAAAUUGCCAUUGUAACGUGUAUAAGGCUUCUACGCGAGAAAUAUAUGUGAAUUUUAUUA